AUGCAGCAGACCAGCCCGGACCACCCCGCAGCAGCAGCAGCAGCAGCUGCAGCAGCAGUAGCACCAGCAGCAGCAGCGGCAGCAGCAGCGGCAGCGGCUUCUUCUGCUCCGAAUUUCUCUAUUGGGACACCUAUUCCUGUAAUGCAUGCGUAUCCUCUACUCAGCAACAGCAACAGCAACAACUGCAACAACAGCAGCAGCAACAGCAACAGCAGCAACAGCAGCAGCAGCAGCAGCAGCAGCGGCAGUCCCCGUGCCUUUGUGGCCUCUCAUAUGGCUCUCCACCCUCCGUGUAGCAGCAGCAACAGCUGCAACAACAAAAACAACAGCAACAACAGCAGCAGCGGCAGCAGCAGCAGCAGCAACGGCAGCAACGGUGUCAGCAUAAGCCGCAGCCUGCUGCAGCACCGCAACAACAGCAGCAACACGUCAUACCCAUUAGCGACCCUGAAUAUAAACAGCAACAGGAGCAGCAACAGCAGCAGCAGCAGCAACGGCAGCAGCAGCAGCAGCAAAGGGAAUUGGCAAUGUGCUGUUUGUCUAAAUAUUAAUUAUGCAAGAAGAAGUUAUUGUUAUAAAUGUGCAGCAGGUAGGAAAGAAAGUUGCUGCUAUGACCUGCAGCAGCAGCAGCAGCAGCAGCAGCAGCAGCAGCAAUUUCUUUCUCUUAAAGAAGGGUUCCUUCAUAUGGGGCUUGAUCCUCAUACUGCUGCUGCUGCAGCCGCAGCGCAGCAAGCAGCAAAUGCAUGCAUGUCUACCACCAACUGCAGCAGCAGCAGCAGCAGCAGCAGCAGCAUUGGUGGAGGUGCAGCAGAUAGCAGCAGCAAUGCUGUCCUUGGAUUUGAAUCUGAUGGUUUGCGUCUUCUUUCUUAUCCCCUUGAACUGCAGCAGCAGCAACAGCAGCAGGAGCAGCAGCAGCAGCAGCUGCUGCUGCGUCCUGGUUCCUUUGAUCAGCAGCUGCUGCAUAGGGGCAACGGCAAAUUUCUGCAGCAUAAGCCGCUGCAGCAGUUGCUGCAGCAGCAGCAGCAGCAAUUGCAUGCAGAGGAUAUAUUAACAAAGGGAAUAAGCAGCAGGGAGACAUCAGGAGAUUUAAUGCGAUCUAGCAGCAGCAGCAGCAGCAGCAGCAGUUGCUGCUGGUACUCUGAUGAGGAAGUAGGCAACAACAAUAACAAUAACAAUAACAACAACAGCAGCAACAGCAACAGCAGCAGCAGCAGCAACGGCAGCAGCAGCAGCAGCGAGGAGUCUCAGCAAGUACUACAGAAGGCAGGAGACAUUGUAGAUGGAUUAUUACAAGAGUUUGUUGCUGCUGAGCUGCAGCAGCAGCAACUACGUCAUGGUACAUCUGCAGCAGCAGCAGCAACAGCAGCAGCAGCAGCAGCAGCAGCAAAAGCAGAUGCUGUAUUACGUGCUGCACUGAAUACAUUAUGGCAAGCAACAGGAACAGACACAGCAGCAGCAGCAGCAACAUUACCCCCUCUCCCCCAUCAGCAGCAAUACAUACAACAACAGCAGCAACAACAACAACAACAACAACAACAACAACAGCAGCAGCAGCAGCAGAAGCAGCAGCAGCAGCAGCUGCUGCAGCAUAUUUGCUGCCCACAGAUGUUGGCGCAUCCUGAUGAAUUUAAGAAUCCCUCUUCUUUCUUAAAGAUCUAUGGAGACCCUCUUUGUGCCCUCUCCCUCAACAGCAGCAGCAGCAGCAGCAGCAGCAGCAGCAGCAGCAGCAGCAGCAGUAGCGGGAAUAGCAGUAGCAAUACAAAUAGUAACAACAGUACAACAACUAACAACAACAACAACAGCAACAACAACAUAAUGAGCAGCAUGAGCAACAGCAUGAGCAUGAGCAGCAGCAGCAGCAGCAGCAGCAGCAGCCCUCUACCUAAUAGAGCAGGUAAUUGGGUUUGCUGCUGCUGCAGCAACGUGAAUUUUCCUCGUCGCUUCCGCUGCAACAAAUGCAGCAAAGAAAGAAACGCAGAAGGAGAUCGUGUUGUUGCUGACUAUGCACGUGCGGUGUAUCUACACCUUCUUGAUAAGAUUAAGAUGCAGCAGCAGCAGCAGCAGCAGCAGCAGCAGCAGCAGCAGCAAGUGCAGCAGCAACAAGUGCAGCAGCAACAAAUGCAGCAGCAACAAAUGCAGCAACAACAUAUGCAUAUACAGAUACAGCAACAGCAACAGGUACAGCAGCAACAACUGCAGCAACAGCAGCAACAACUGCAGCAACAGCAGCAACAAAAAUUACAACAAAAAAUUCAACAAAAAAAUGAUACUAAUCAUCUACAUAGAUUAACAUUUAGGCAUCGAAUGCAGCAGCAGCAGCAGCAGCAGCAGCAGCAGCAACAGCAGCAACAGCAGCAGCAACAAUUGCAGCAACAAUUGCAACAAAUACAGCAGCAACAGCAGCAACAGCAGCAACAGCAGAAACAACAAAAACAAACGAAGGUGCUUCUAUCCCCUAAAUUAAAUAAAUCUAAUACUGAUUCACCAGCAGCAGCAGCAGCAGCAGCAGCAGCAGCAACAGCAGCAGCAGCAACAACAACAACAGCAGCAACAGGACGGGCAGCUGGUAUCACAUCGUCUUGCUGUUUAGUGCAGCAGCAACAGCCGCAACAGCAACAACAGCAGCAACAGCAGCACAACAAACAGCCACUUUCUGUGGGAAAUUCACCUGCUGCAGCUGCUGCAGCAGCAACAACAGCAGCAAAAACAGCAGCAGCAGCAGCAGCAGCAACAGGUGCUUCUCUCUUUGGCUCUUCUUCCGUCUCGCCGCAGCAUAUCGACCAGUAG